ACACACACACUCUCUCUCUUUCUCACUCUCUCACUAUCCCUGCAAAGCUGCAGCUUCCAUAUAUAGUGUUGGGUCUAGAGAGAGAAAAUGUUCGCCGGAGAGAAUGGUUUGCAAGGAGACCCGAGACUGAAGGGCAUUUCUGAUGCUAUCAGAGUUGUUCCUCAUUUCCCAAAACGAGGAAUAAUGUUCCAGGACAUAACGACACUGUUGUUGGAUCAUAAGGCCUUUAAGGAUACUGUUGACAUCUUUGUUGAUCGAUACAGGCACAUGAACAUCUCUGUUGUUGCCGGUGUUGAAGCUCGAGGAUUCUUGUUUGGUCCUUCAAUUGCGCUGGCAAUUGGUGCAAAAUUUGUACCUCUGCGCAAGCCUAAAAAGUUGCCAGGAGAAGUUAUAUCAGAGGCAUAUGUGCUUGAAUACGGUAACGACUGCUUAGAGAUGCAUACUGGAGCUGUUGAGCGAGGAGAACGAGCAUUGAUCAUCGACGACUUAGUGGCUACUGGAGGGACCCUGUCUGCAGCUAUAAGGCUUUUGGAACGCGUUGGAGCUGAGGUAAUUGAAUGUGCAUGUGUCGUUGGCUUGCCAGAGGUUAAGAAAGCGCGAUUGCUGAAUGGGAAACCUCUGUAUAUCCUCGUCGAGCCUAGCAAAUGGCAAAUGUUGUGAUCUAUCAAGACCGAACUCAAGUUCAAGUUCAAGUUAAAGUUAUUAGCCGGAUCAUCUCGUGUGGUGUUUGCCAUGGAAUGGAAUGGAAGUGUAAGAGGCUUUUGAGAGGAACAUUAAAAGUGAGGAAGAAGAAAAGGGUAUGGGAGUUUAGGUUCGAUGUUGAUCAGAGUGAGUGUUUCGAUGUGACAAUUGUUGUCCCAAAAUUGAUUUCGCAAAUACAAAUAUUUUGUCUUUCUGUAAUAACAUGCAUGUACGGACCAACAUCCAUCUCAUCAUCAUCUUCAUUAUUCUCACCAAAUCCAACUGCCGUAUUAAUAAAAUAUUUGAGUAAAGUGUAUUUUGGUCCA